AUGCCUGUUGUAGAAACUUUUUUUGGUUAUGUUGAAACAACUCGUGAUUCUUUGAUAUUAUUAGAAGCUUGUAGACAAGGUAGUUUACCAAGAGUAAGACGAAGGUUACAAGAACAAGAACGACAAUUAGUAAAAAGUGGUGCAGUCUUUUGUUUUGAUGAAAAUGAAAGUGGUAUAAAACGUUGGACUGAUGGACUUGUUUGGAGUCCUUCUAGAAUACUUGGUAACUUUUUGAUAUAUCGAGAACUGGACGACCGUAAAAGUAUUGAAGACGAUGAACAAGAAGAUAAUCAACUUAUUACUUCUGGACUUACAUUAUUAUCAAAACGACAACGUGAAAGAGCUUUGGUUGGGUCCUUACGGAAUAGUUAUCGUUUUAAACCUAAUGGACUUAUCAAGAAAUCAAUGUCAAUCGUUGUUAAUGGUGUACAACAACAUCUCGUUAGUUAUUACAGCAAAGAAGAUGUUCUCGCAAACAAAUUCAAAACUCCUUCAGAUAUACCAGAAUUAAAUUUGAUUGAAAUAUCUGCUGACCUACUUCGUGGACAAAACUUUAGAAUCCCUUUUUUUCCUGAUGAUGACUCUACUGAACAAAUCAACAAAGAUUUCAACAUUAGAUAA